UCAUCGAUGUCUUAAGCAGGAGAAAACACACUCUCUCUCUUCUCUCUCUCCCUCUCUUUCUCUUUCUCUCUCUUCUUUUCCUUCAUCCGUACACGAUCUCUUUCACUAUCUUCCAAUUCCCAAUUUCUUCAACAUACGCCACUGCAAUCCUCCUUCAUUUUCUUGCAUUUUUGGUUUCUGGGUCCGUUUUCCUUUUAGGGUUCUCAGUGGUUCAGAAAAAAAAUGUUUUCUUUUUCUUCCCUUUAUGCAUACUCAGAUUUGAGUUGAGCAUCACAGAGUGGGGUUGAGUUCAGAUUCACUGGCGUGGAGCAAUUCGAAGGUUUUAGUAACCAUUCAGUCCCUAAUUUCUGUCUCUAACUCUAAUAGUGCUUUUGGAAUUAUUGGAUUCUUCAUUUGGUGAGGGUUUUGGCCGGAUUGCGUGUAACUCCAGAUAGUGAUUUGAAGUGAUAGAUAUUCCAAACUAUCAAUGGUACUAAUUUAAGAAACUUGUUUACUGCCUAUACAAAUUACAAAUAUGCCUACAUGGUGGGGGAAAUCAUCGUCAAAAGAAACCAAGAAGAAAGCAAAUAAGGAAAGUUUUAUCAAUACAUUUCACCGCAGAUUUAAAAUCCCAUCUGAAAGUAAAUCAAGCAGUAGAUCUGGAGGAUCUCGUAGACAUUGCAAUGAUUCAAUUUCUGAGAAAGGGGCUCAGUCUCCUCCUGAAUCAAGAUCUCCGUCACCUUCCAAAGUGGCAAGGUGUCAAAGUUUUGCUGAAAGGCCUCAUGCUCAGCCGCUACCACUUCCUGUCCUGCACCCAUCAAAUAUAAGCCGGGCAGACUCUGAAAUUAGCAUAUCAGCUAAAUCAAGACUUGAAAAAGGCUCCAAACCAUCAUUGUUUCCACUACCAAAACCAGCAUGCAUGCGUGGUAGGCUGAACCCUGCAGAUUUGGAUGGAGACUUGGUCACUGCUUCAGUCUCUAGUGAGAGCUCUGCUGACAGUGAUGAGCCAGUGGACUCUCGCAAUCUUAGUCCUUUGGCAACUGACUGUGAAAACGGGGCUAGAACUGCUGCAGGCUGUCCUUCCAGCUCGAUGCCCAAGGAUCUAUCAUCUACUGUUUCCCAAAUAAAUUCAAGAGAAACCAAAAAACCGGCAAACAUUCUGGGUAAUCACAUGUCUUCUACUUCACCAAAACGGAGGCCUUUAAGCAACCAUGUUUCAAAUUUGCAGAUUCCUCCUCAUGGUGCCUUCUGCAGUGCACCUGAUAGUUCCAAAUCAAGUCCUUCUAGAAGUCCAUUGAGAGUAUUUGGCACUGAACAGGUGUUGAACUCUGCCUUUUGGGCUGGAAAGCCAUAUUCGGAGGUCAAUUUAGGUGGAUCUGGGCACUGCUCAAGUCCAGGUUCUGGUCACAAUUCAGGACAUAAUUCAAUGGGAGGGGACAUGUCUGGACAGUUAUUUUGGCAACCUAGCAGGGGUAGCCCUGAAUAUUCUCCUGUACCUAGUCCCCGAAUGACUAGCCCUGGACCUAGCUCUAGAAUUCAGAGUGGUGCAGUUACACCUAUUCAUCCUAGAGCUGGGGGAACACCCAAUGAAUCACAGACAGGACGGGUUGAUGAUGGAAAACAACAGAGUCAUCGUUUGCCCCUUCCUCCUUUAGCAGUUACCAAUAUUUUACCUUUCUCUCAUUCAAAUUCGGCAGCAACUUCUCCAUCCAUGCCAAGAAGUCCGGGAAGGGCAGAUAAUCCAAUAAGCCCUGGAUCACGUUGGAAAAAAGGAAAACUGCUUGGCAGAGGCACAUUUGGACAUGUCUUUGUUGGCUUUAAUAAGGAAAGUGGUGAAAUGUGUGCUAUGAAAGAGGUGACUCUGUUUUCAGAUGAUGCCAAAUCUAAAGAAAGUGCUAAGCAAUUAAUGCAGGAAAUUGCCUUAUUAAGUCGAUUGCGGCAUUCAAAUAUUGUGCAGUACCUUGGUUCUGAAACAGUCGGUGACAAGCUUUACAUAUAUCUGGAGUAUGUUGCUGGAGGCUCCAUAUAUAAACUUCUUCAAGAGUAUGGACAAUUUGGUGAACUAGCUAUUCGUAGUUUUACUCAACAAAUUUUGUCAGGACUUGCUUAUUUACAUGCUAAAAAUACUGUCCACAGGGACAUCAAAGGAGCUAAUAUACUGGUAGAUACUAAUGGUCGGGUUAAGUUGGCAGACUUUGGCAUGGCAAAACAUAUAACAGGGCAAUCAUGUCCAUUAUCAUUCAAGGGAAGCCCCUAUUGGAUGGCUCCUGAGGUUAUAAAAAACUCCAAUGGUUGCAACCUUGCCGUUGAUAUAUGGAGCCUAGGAUGCACAGUUUUGGAAAUGGCUACAACUAAACCUCCUUGGAGUCAGUAUGAAGGGGUUGCUGCAAUGUUCAAGAUUGGUAAUAGCAAGGAACUCCCAACAAUCCCGGAUCACCUAUCUAGUGAAGGAAAGGAUUUUGUUAGGAAAUGCCUACAACGGAAUCCACACAAUCGCCCUUCGGCAAGUGAAUUAUUGGACCACCCUUUUGUAAAAUACGCUGCACCUUUAGAGAGACCUAUUCUGGGUCCUGAUGCUUCUUCAGACCCAGCCGUAUCUGGGAUCACACAGGGAGCUACAGCUCUGGGUAUUGGACAAGGAAGGAGUCCUUCUACAUUGGAUUUAGAUAGACUUUCCCGUCACUCUUCCAGGUUUUUGAAAAGUAAUCCUCAUGCAAGUGAAAUCCAUAUUCCGAGGAAUAUAUCCUGCCCUGUCUCACCCAUUGGAAGCCCACUUUUGAGGCCAAGAUCGCCACAACAUAUGAAUGGGAGAAUGUCUCCCUCUCCUAUAUCCAGUCCUCGGACUGCUUCUGGUGCAUCCACACCUCUCAACGGUGGUAGUGGUGCCAUUCCAUUUAGUAAUCACUUAGUUUACAUUCAAGAGGGUCUUGGAAACUUGCCUAAGUCCUCAAAUGGUGUCUACAUUAGUGGCCCUACUCAUCAUGACUUGAAUGUUGACAUUUUUCGAGGAAUGCAACAGACGCCUCACAUUUCAUCAGAACUGGUUCCAGGUGAAAGUGAUGUUCUGGGGAAGCAGUUUGCACGGUCUCCUAGGAACGAGGCAUACGAUGUUCAAUCAGUCUUGGCUGAUCGUGUUUGUCGGCAGCUGCUGGGGGAUAAUGGGAAAGUCAACCCAUCCCUUGAUCUAAAUCCCAAUUCUUUGCUCAGCCGGGCUAAUGGUUUAUGACAUGGGGCAUGUUCCUUGGUCCACCUUUGUGAGCAAAUCUUUGAAGUUUGUCAGAAUGAUCCAUUCAUUGUUCUAUUUGCUGAGGAAGUAAUUGUAAAAUAAGGAGCCAAAGCAUACGAGAAUCAAUGUAAUAAAUUUUGAUCGGAGAAUAGAGGGAGCUGAGUCAGACUAUUCCAUUUUGCAUGGUUUCCCUCUCAGGCUUAUGGAGUUCAGAACCCUUGGGGUGAGGUGACAAACUAAGCCAUACGAUGAAAAUUCCUGACAUUUGAUUUGUCUAUAUCAACUGAAGCAAAUGCUCACUUGUUGCAAAAAGAGAAGCUUAUGUUUGUAUGUAGAAUUUUCAAGAUACAGCAUCAGUGCGUGGAUUUCUCUCUGGUGUCUGAAAUAUGAGAAAUGAUAGAUUUAAUGUUAAUAUUAACUCAAGGAAUGAGUUUUUCUAAUCAUAUUUAUGCAGUUCCUUCAGUUAAAGAAUUCAUGCAAUGACAACUGUAUCUUUUUGAACAUCAUAUAGAUGCAAAAAAAGUGAAAUUGGUGCAAAAUUUAGCAUCCAGACUAUUUUUUGAGAGGUGACAUUGCUGUACAGAAUAUGGGAGACUGUAUUGUGAUUCUGCAUUUAUUGAUGAGAAGCCAAGGAUUUGUGAAA